CCCCCAGAAGGCAUCAUGGCGGCACUUAAUGGGAAGAAGCGUGGUCUUGAACAUUUGGACGAAUAUGAGCCCAAACCAGCCAAACACAUCCGCAGCCUGCACGACCGAAUGGCAGAGCGGAGACUGGUUGUUAUUCUGGAGGGAGCAUCGUUAGAAACCGUGAAGGUCGGAAAAACAUUUGAGCUGUUAAACUGUGACCAGCACAAAAAUAUGAUCGUCAAAAGCGGAAGAGAUCCAGGACACAUAAGACCAGAUAUCACACAUCAGUGUCUGCUCAUGUUGAUGGACAGUCCACUGAACAGGGCAGGUUUGCUGCAGGUUUACAUCCACACAGAGAAAAAUGCCUUAAUAGAGAUCAACCCACAGACCCGCAUCCCAAGAACCUUCCCCCGCUUCUGUGGCCUCAUGGUUCAGCUACUGCACAAGCUGAGUGUCAGAGCUGCUGACGGUCCACAGAAGCUUCUGAGGAUGAUUAAAAACCCAGUGUCCGACCACCUGCCUCCCGGCUGCCCUCGCAUCACCACCUCCUUCUCUGCUGGAGAGGCCGUCUGCCCACGGUCUCUGGUGCCUGAGGGACCAGCUGCAGUGGUGAUUGGAGCAUUUGCACACGGAGCGGUGAAUGUGGACUACACAGAGAAGACUGUGUCCAUCAGUAACUACCCGCUAUCUGCGGCACUGACCUGUGCCAAGAUGUGCUCAGCCUUCGAGGAGGUGUGGGGCGUCCUGUGACCCACAGUUCAUGGACUACUGAUCAGACAAUAGACUACAUGGACAUUUUUUUCAGUGGACUAAGAAUGGAUAUAACAGAAACAUUGCACCAAAUGUCUGUUUCACCAGUGAAGCCACAGAUAUGUAUCCGGUUGUGUGUAUACGAGUAUGAUGCUGUUUGGCCACCAUGUGGAAUAUACAUUAAAUUUUUGUACCCAA